AUGCCCCAGACCACGGUCAGGGAUGGCCUCUGUCGCCUGUCCGCCUACUUGGAAGAACUGGAGGCAGUGGAGCUGAAGAAGUUCAAGUUAUACCUGGGGACGGCGACCGAAAUGGGGGAGGGCAGGGUUCCCUGGGGGCGCAUGGAGACCGCAGGUCCGCUGGAGAUGGCCCGGCUGCUGGUGGCCCAUUGCGGGAUUGGGGAGGCCUGGGCGCUGGCUCUCAGCGUCUUUGAUCGGAUCAACAGGAAGGACCUGUGGGAGAGAGCACGGAGAGAGGACCCGGUGAGGGAUACUCCACCUGGUGGCCCGUCCUCCCUGGGGAGCCAGUCGGCAUGCUCCCUGGAAGCCUUUCCUGAAACACCAAGAAAAGAUCCCCUGCAAACCUACAGGGACUACGUCCGCAGGAGGUUCCGGCUGAUGGAAGACCGCAAUGCGCGCCUCGGGGAAUGCGUUAACCUCAGCCACCGGUACACCCGGCUCCUGCUGGUGCAGGAACAUUCUAAUCCCAUGAGAGCUCAGCAGAAGCUUUUGGACACAGGCCUGGGACACGCACGAACCGUAGGACACCAGGCCAGCCUCAUCCAGAUGGAGACCCUCUUUGAGCCAGACGAGGAGCGCCCCGAGCCUCCGCGCACCGUGGUUCUGCAAGGAGCUGCGGGGAUGGGCAAAUCCAUGCUGGCGCACAAGGUGAUGCUGGACUGGGCCGACGGGAGGCUCUUCCAAGACAGGUUUGAUUACCUCUUCUACAUCAACUGCAGAGAGAUGAACCAGAGUGCCCCUGAGCGGAGCGUGCAGGACCUCAUGUCCAGCUGCUGGCCCGAGCCCAGCGCGCCCCUGCAAGAGCUCCUCCGGGUUCCCGAACGCCUCCUUCUCAUCAUCGACGGCUUUGACGAGCUCAAACCCUCUUUCCACGACCCUCAGGGCGUCUGGUGCCUCUGCUGGGAGGAGAAACGGCCCACAGAGGUUCUCCUGAGCAGCCUCAUUCGGAAGAAGCUGCUGCCGGAGUUGUCUUUGCUGAUCACCACCAGGCCCACGGCUUUGGAGAAGCUCCACCGCUGGCUGGAGCACCCCAGGCACGUGGAGAUCCUGGGCUUCUCGGAGGCGGAGAGGAAGGAGUACUUCUACAAGUACUUUCACAACGCAGAGCUGGCCGGCCAAGCCUUCAGCUUCGUAAGGGACAAUGAGCCCCUCUUCACCCUGUGCUUCGUCCCCUUGGUGUGCUGGGUCGUCUGCACGUGCCUCAAGCAGCAGCUGGAGGGCGGGGGGCUUCUAAGACAGACGUCCAGGACCACCACAGCCGUGUACAUGCUGUACCUCCUGAGUCUGAUGCAACCCAAGCCGGGGUCCCCGACCCUCCAAGCCCCGCCCAACCAGAGAGGGCUCUGCUCUUUGGCUGCUGACGGCCUCUGGAACCAGAAGAUCUUGUUUGAAGAGGAGGACCUCCGGAAGCACGGCCUGGACGGGGCGGACGUCUCCUCCUUCCUCAACAUGAACAUCUUCCAGAAGGACAUCAACUGUGAGAAGUUCUACAGCUUCAUCCACCUGAGCUUCCAGGAGUUCUUUGCGGCCAUGUACUACAUCCUGGAUGGUGCAGACAGCCGGUCCAGCCCGGACCAGAGCCUAACGAGGCUGUUGGCAGAGUACGGGUUUUCAGAAAGGAGCUUCUGGGCGCUCACUGUGCGUUUUCUGUUUGGACUCCUGAACGAGGAGACGAGGAGCUACUUGGAGAAGAGCCUUUGCUGGAAGGUGUCGCCACGCGUCAAGGCGGAGCUGAUGGAGUGGAUCGAAAGCAAAGCUCUGAGCGAGGGCUCUACCCUGCAGCAGGGCUCCCUGGAGUUCCUCAGCUGCCUGUACGAGAUCCAGGAGGAGGGAUUCAUCCAACAGGCCCUGAGCCACUUCCAAGUGGUGGUGGUCAGCAACAUGACCACCAAGAUGGAGCACAUGGUCUCGUCCUUCUGCGCGAAGAACUGCAGGAGCGUCCUGGUGCUGCGCCUCCAUGGGGCUGCCUACAGCACGGACGACGGGGAGGAUGGGGCGAGGACUUCAGGGCCCCAGACGUUGCAGGUUCAGGUUCGGCCUGAGAGGAACGUUUUGCCAGAUGCCUACAGUGAACAGCUGGCCACUGCUCUAAGCACCAACCCGAAUCUGACAGAGCUGGCUUUGUCCCACAAUGCUCUGGGGAGCCGGGGUGUGAAGCUGCUGUGUCAAGGCCUCAGACAUCCCAACUGCAAACUCCAGAACCUGAGGCUGAAGAGGUGCCGGGUUUCCGGCUCUGCCUGCCAGGACCUCACGGCAGCUCUGAUCACCAAUAAGAAUUUGAUGAGGAUGGACCUCAGCAGCAAUGACCUCGGGCUGCCGGGCAUGAAGCUGCUCUGUGAGGGGCUCCGGCAUCCCAAAUGCAGGCUGCAGAUGAUCCAGUUGCGGAAGUGUCAGCUAGAGGCGGGGGCGUGCCAGGAGAUGGCCUCCGUGCUCCGCAGCAACCGACACCUGGUGGAGCUGGACCUGACAGGAAACGCGCUGGAGGACUCGGGUCUGAGUCUGCUGUGUCACGGCCUGAGGCACCCGGUCUGCAGGCUGCGGAUCUUGUGGUUAAAGAUUUGUCACCUCACUGCCGCAGCCUGUGGCGACCUGGCCUCCGCCCUCAGCGUGAACCAGAGCCUGACGGAGCUGGACCUGAGCCUGAACGACCUGGGGGACCCCGGGGUGCUGCUGCUGUGCGAGGGCCUCAGGCACCCCCAGUGCAAACUCCAGACCCUCCGGUUAGGCAUUUGCCGCCUCAGCUCCGCUGCCUGCGAGGGUCUGUCUACUGUGCUCCAGCAGAACCGCCACCUCCGGGAACUGGACCUGAGUUUCAACGACCUGGGAGACCACGGCAUGUGGCUGCUGUGUGAGGGGCUGCGACACCCCACCUGCAGACUCCAGAAACUGUGGCUGGACAGCUGCGGCCUCACAGCCAAAGCUUGUGAGGAUCUUUCUGCCACCCUGGGGGUCAACCAGACUCUGACGGAGCUUUACCUGACCAACAACGCCCUGGGGAACACAGGCGUCCGACUGCUGUGCAAGCGGCUGAGUCAUCCUGGUUGCAAACUCCAGGUGCUCUGGUUAUUUGGAAUGGACCUGAAUAAAAUGACACACAGACAAUUGGCAGCGCUCCGUGCGACAAAACCUUACCUGGACAUCGGCUGCUGA